AUGAAAUUGAGUCGCGCUGUGAGUUGUACCGCCUUAGGUGUCAUUGUUGUCUAUGCUGCAGCAGUUCUAUUGGGAGCACCACUUUUAAGCCAUUUUGGAGCAAAUUUCGUCUUUUCGGUAGUGCUUGCAAUAGUGAGUAUAUUUCCAUUGCUGUUAGUUGCUGAAAACUUCGACAGUUUGAUUAAUAUUUUAUUUGGCGAGAGGCAGUUAUCACAUAAGUGUUCGCUUGCUCGUCACUUAUCCCUUGGUGGUAUUUUCGGUGCGUGGUUCGGAGCAUUUGUUAUUCCAUUCGACUGGGAUCGCUGGUGGCAGCGUUGGCCUGUUCCGUGCGUUUUCGGUGCAGUGAUUGGUGGUAUUCUUGGAUGUAUGACCAGUAGUUAUAAAAUUCUUUUUUCUUAUUUGGGAAGGCAAGGAAAAUUAGAGAAAUUUGUAUAA